GAUGAGGUUGAAGAGGAGGACGAGGAGGACGAAGACGAUGAAGACGCCGUUGAGACGCCACUGCUACCGAUCUUCUCGGCGCCGCAUCUUGACAGGCUGCCAUUGUACAACAUCACACAUGCUAUACGUCUUUUAAUUGUUCAAAGAUGCGAGACCACGCUCUCAUGGGACCAGCUGCGCAGCCCGCAGAUCAGCCAAUUCCUGGUCAAGCCUAUUCAAGGUCAGAUCAGAGCGGACCACUUCAAUCGUGCAACGCUGUGUGCAUUGAUUGCGAAUUGCUUGCAAUUUCAGAAGGAAGGCCAGGCACAGCCCGGUAAUGUCGGCGUGUCCAAGACCAGAGCUGCGAUCAGCGAAUUGUUGGCGAUGAGAUUGUUGAGAGAGUUCUCCACACGGGAACUGAUCGAUUCUCUCUCGUACGACUUCGAUCCUCUGCAAGGAAUCAUGUCUCCACCGACUGGGACUCCACCUCUUACUGCGGACUUGCAGGCUCGCAGAUCUCAAGGACGUGUGGCAAGGGUAAGUACGAUUGAGAUUGCUAUCCGCGCAGAGGCGAAGCGUUUCCUGGCACAUCCUCUGGUCGUUCAGCAUCUCGAAGCCAUUUGGGCUGGAACGAUCGUCUUUCACUCUGAAGCAGACAAUCUGCACAGGCGUCAACGCCGGCCGAAUGCACCGUCUCGUGGACGUAGCUAUGGAACGUCUGGUGACCACGAUCCAGCGGCUUUACCUGCAGGUGCGAUGACACCCGGACCGACGUUCACUCGGCGAACAGUAACGCUUUACAACCCUCGAGAGGCCUCCUUAUUCAAACUGAGUCGUCUUCGAGUUCCACGCUACAGGCAAGUAUUCAGCACGCUGAGCUUUGCGACCAUGCUUGGACUUUUCAUCGCGGUCCUCGUAGACCGCAGCAUUGAAAUCACGCCACUUGAAGUGCUGUUCUGGUUCUGGAGCAUCGGAUACAUGCUCGACGAGGUCGUUGGUUUCACUGAGCAGGGAUUCGGACUCUAUAUCCUCAGCUUCUGGAAUGCCUUUGACUUGGGUAUUUUGGGACUCUUCGUUGCCUACUACUGCCUGCGUCUUUAUGGAGUCGUCAUUGCUGAGCAAGGAAAACAUCGAAUCGCCAGCCUUGCAUACGACGUGCUGGCAUCGACCGCGAUUCUGCUCUUCCCACGAUUGUUCAGCGUUCUGGAUCACUAUCGCUACUUCUCCCAGCUGCUCAUCGCUUUCCGGUUGAUGGCCCAGGACCUCAUGGCCGUCCUGGUGCUGAUUGUCAUCUGCUGCUCCGGCUUCUUCGUCGCUUUGUCCCUCUCGUUCGCAGAUGAGAAGACAGACGCUGGAGGCGUGGCCUACUCUCUCUUCCAGAUUCUCAUGGGCUUCACGCCUGCUGUGUGGGAUCGCUGGGAUGGAUACAAUCUGUUGGGCAAGGCCAUCAUGUCGAUCUUCCUCACGAUAUGUCACUUCCUCAUUGUGACAAUACUGAUUACUGUCCUGACCAACAGCUUCAUGGCUAUUGUGAAGAACGCCGAGGAGGAGCAUCAAUUCCUAUUCGCGGUCAACACAAUCUCCAUGGUCAAGUCGGAUGCUCUGUUCAGCUAUGUGGCGCCUACAAACAUCAUCGGCUGGGCUCUCAGCCCUUUUCGAUUCCUGAUGCCGUUGCGUCAAUAUGUUCGACUGAACCGCACGAUCAUCAAGGCAACGCACUUUCCCAUCCUCUUUGUUAUCUUCUCCUACGAGCGUAUGAUCAUGGCAAGGACCGGAUACGCACCGACGGAAUUGAUCGAGAGGACGCAGAUCCAUCAGAAGCAGCCUGCAGCUUUCAGCAAGGCGCCCGAGCUGUACACUCCGAAUCAUCGCCUGCGAGAGCCUUCGGUCAUCAGCUUCCGCAAAGAUCGAGCACUCGAUGAGGUUUUCCGAAGGCCAUUUCGCGGUGACACAGUCCGCACCACCACUCGCGAGAUGGAGCAGGAUGGUCCCACCGCUGUCGACAAAUGGAUGCAUAAUGCUGAUAUUGAGGGUGGUGCCAGUCCUCCGAUGGAACAGCCUCGAAGUGUAUUGGAGAGGCUAGAGCAUCGAAGGCCCACUUUCAAAAGAGCAGCAACCGCGGAAAGACUCAAGAUCAUGCAAUCUAGAGACUUCUCCACAGCGACGAAGAGUGUCGCGAGUGAUGGCGAAAGACGUGGAUUCUCAUCCCUUCGCAGGCCAUUCAUGAUCGAGGAGGAAUCUGAGAUCGAGAAUAGCACGGCAACGCUUCCGCACGACACGGAGGCCGACGGCGAUGAUGAGAUUAAUGACGAGUCGGACAGCCAUACUCCUGGAAUGGGUGAAAGCGCCGUAUCCAUCAAAAACAGGACAGCUGCGGACGACAGCGAGUCUGAAUACUUCCAUACGCCGGCCGCACCGCUCUUGAAUAUGUCUCAUGCUGCCCGUGCCCGACUGCAAGCUUCGCCAGAUAUUCCCAGAGCUGGCUAUGGCAUCACUCAUCUUCACAACAAACAGCCGCGCGCUCACAAACGACAAGCUUCCGGCGGCACCAUGAUCUUCGCCCCUCAAGUCGACUACGAUUCAUCCGUCUCCAACCCGAAACGGAAUGCUCGUGCUGCAACUUCUAGACCCGUCAGCGGUGGAAACACAGGCACUACAACUCCAGCACGAGCUCUCAUGGCCGGGGCAAGCACGCCACUCCGUAAAAUGGCACCGCAAGUCAAGCCUCGUCCGAUCGCGCCCACACGACAACAAACAGCACCAGCAACCAGAGGUCUUACAUUUAUGGAUACUCCACGCCAAGCUCACCGCAACCCGUCCUUCAACGCCCGCGCUCUGGACCUCGCCAGCGAGAUCGGCGACAACAAAUGGGGUCCUUCCGGCGGCGGCAUCGACGCGGGAGGCAUCUCCGGUUUCCCGGCCUCCUUCAGCGAGCAGAUGAUGCGCGAGCGCGACUUGCAGCGGCAGAAAGAGGAAGAUCGACGUCGUACAGAGGAUGAGGAGAAGGGAAUGGUGAAUCGCAUUAUGCUGGCGAGGAUGCAUACGCUUGAGGAAGGUUUCCGGGAGGUGUUGAAGGAGAUUAAAGACAUGACGCAGAAUGCCAACAGUGGCUCACGA